UUUUUUUUUUUUUUUCCGUCGUCCUUCAUUUCCCAAAUUCCCUCACAUUCGUUUGCGCCCUGAGGUUCGGUUUAUUCUCUCUUUAAGAUAUAAUAUUGAAGUAUCUCCUUGCCGAACGUGCCUGAUUGUACAUGAUAACCGAGGGCGGUGUUGCGAUCGAGGAUUGAGCGGUAUUCAGGCAGUUUGCUUGCUCUACAUUCGCCCAAUAUGGUUACUCUGAAGAGAUUUUUCCAUGCGGAGAGAACCCCAUCCACAAACUCUAGAGAUAGCACUACCCAGGCAACCAAUACACCAGAUAGUGAUGUGUCCUCGAGUGCGAGGACUUCGCAGUACCUAGGAAUGGAUCAUCCGUUUCAGCGAAUUGAGAAGCAAUUCGAAUCCUUGCAUGAUCAAUUCCAGGCUCGGCCGCUGUCUCCUCGCUCACCAGCUCCGCCAUCUAGGGCCUCGAGUCGUGCUACAGCUAAAAGCCCUCGGCAUGUCGACUUGUUGGAAGCUUUAUUCUCUUCCCAUCGAUACCAUAUCCAGAGUGUGCAGACGUUGUCACCAAUUAGCCCUUAUAAUGAAGAUAUCGCAGAACGAAACAUGACGCGGUUCCUUCAAGGGCAGUCAGGCAAACCAACUGUAUACUCGCGCAUCAUCUCUGCUUUACAUCAAGAAGAUGUGGCGGACAGGAACAUUGCCAGAAACAGGAAUGGUGGUCGCCAGUCUUCUCGUAAUGACGCUACACGAUCUCGUGGCAACUCCUUUCAAAGGAAUGCGCAGAGUCCUCGGGAUGAAGCACGCUGCCGUCCUCGCUCAAAGGCUGAAUGCAGACUGACUCGAUCGAUGUCCCAGGAAGCUCCGAGGUCUAUGGCUCCUCAUACCGAUCAGGCUACCGCUUCGCCACAAGGUGUGUCUUCCGCUAGUGAAGGCUCUCUCCGACAGCAAAGGUCAGUGCCAAAUAUGUCUGCCGAAACAACCAAUGGCUCUCCUAGGAAAACUGAGUCAAGAUCGAGUGAAUUUCUCGGUGUACCCCCUGCUUAUAAACAAGGUGAUACGUGGAGCAACACUCCUCUACCGGACAGCCCAACGCUGCCCGCCAUAGUAACGGAGACGAACGAGCGCCAGCCAGGGCGAGACCCUUCUUCCGGCUCAAGCCGGAGCCGCAGCUCCUCCUUAACAUCCCAUAGUCACACUCCGCCAAAUACUAUGAAAUCGAAGUCCAAAAAGAAUGUCCGGGACCUCUCAAUUGAUACAAAAUUGGCAGCUGGCGGAAAACCGACGGCGAAGAUAACGCAUCGCGCCAUACAGCCACCUACUCCGAGUAACCUCGGGAUAAAAGCAGCCCCUAGUAUUGCAGAAGUUAUGAACAGCCCUCUUCCAGCAGCGACGCCAACCUCUCCAUCCCCAGCGCUUCAGUCGGACCAGAAAAUCGCGGAAAUAAUGGAUAUGUUCCGACAGGCUUAUACUUCGUCGACGGCUAUCUCUCCACACCCUACUUAUGAGACUCUUCAGGAUGCGAUCAUCCGAGAGAUUAAUUCCCAUGAGGCAUUCCGACGUGUACCACAUCCUGAGCCUGGGCCUCCAUUUACCCCGUCUCCCUCUCAGGAUGUAUUCUCUCCAGACCUUGAGGCACCAAGAAGGAGCUCAGACAUGAAUCGUACCAUGUCUCUGAGAGAAGGUCAGAUCUCCAAGUUAAUCAGGCGAGGUUCCUUCAAGAAACACAGGAGAGGGUCGGAGGCACGAAAGAGCAUAUCCACUAGUGUGCCUUCAAAAGUCUUCUGGAGAUCAUCUGAAGCCUCCAGGCGGCGAAGACACACUGAUGCACCUCCUCCGUCACCCGGAUUCUUCAAUACCUUAGAGCAGAACCGCCAAACACCUCAAACACAAGUGACAUGCGUGGAUCUCCUCAAGUCAAAAAAGUCCUCUGCGAGUAUCAGCUCAGGAGAUGUACCAAAAAUGGGUAGGAACCUCCGGUCGCCGGGUCCUGUGCCUCUCGCAGGCUUCUCGGAGAGUUCCAACCCAGCACCUUCCAUUUUUCACAUGCGCGCACAAGCAUCACCAUCAUCUAUCACGAGUCGCAUCAGUUUCUCUGCGGAUGACAGCGACGAAGAGGUGAUCGAGCUUCCUAGUGUCGGGGUUCCCCAGUUACAAAUCCACGCUGUUGACGAGAACAACGUGACCUACAUCACCGACAAUACUACUCCACGAAACGCCUUCAGAUUAAUGAGCUGGCCACAGAGGUCAGGCCGGAGCCUAAGCCUCAGAGGCAACUUCUUUUCAAACGAGAACAACAGCAGCCCCUCUCGCUCUUCAUCCAGGGGCGAACUCACGACUCGUUCAGUAGCAUCUUAUUGAACCUCCCAUGAAAUAUACAACCCGAGGCUUCAACUGAACUCGACCUAAUAUACCCCACCCUACCCUACCCUUCCAUUCCUUCACAGUUCUACUUAUACUCCCUAACGAUACAAUGUAGUCUUACGUCAAGCUACAUUUUGUUUACAUUCAUUCAACUCUGCAAAUCCCGCAAAUCCUGCGAAUAGCUUCCUUACCCUUGCUUUCUUGCCCCCGUCUUAAUCAUCCGGAGCAUACAUUCCCUAGCCGACCUAUUUCUCUUUUUGUGGACCUGUAUCUAAUGAUAUCCUAUGCUUAUCCUUGCGUCGCAUUUCCUACUUGGCAUUUGUCCGAAUAUUUCCUUCUGUUGAUCACUGCAUAUCUUGCAUAUUAGCGUUGCUAGCAUACCAUGUCUAUAACUUCAAUCAGUCCGGAAUCUAAGUAAAACUAUCAAUUGAGAUCAAGACUCUUGAA